AUGUCUGGUUUAUGGUAUAUAAGUGGUAUUAUUGGAAAUGACCAAACAGUCAAGGAAAAGCAUCAGUAUGGAUGUAAAAACAUUUUACUGCCUUUAACACCAGAGGUCCUGGCCUAUAUGCAAGAUAAGGGACUGGUGCUCCCAGAAGGUUCACAGCCAGAGCCAACCUAUAAGAGGAACACACAAGAGGAAGAAGACACUGAAGACUGGGAUCUGUGUGAGACAUCAGGCUGUGUUGUGCAAGGUCCUAAGUUGGAGGAGUACAGCACAAAGAUCAGAGAUGCCAUCAAGAAGCUUGGAGGAAGUGCCUUUCCUAAACUUAAUUGGAGUUCCCCAAAGGAUGCCACAUGGAUUGCCCUCAACAGUUCUUUAAGAUGUUACACCCCUGGAGAUGUUUAUCUCCUCCUUAAAAGUAGCAACUUUGUCACACAUGACCUCACAACACCCUUCAAGGAUUGUGAUGAUGUAGAUGUAGCAGAUCCCAGUGUUGAUUACUGUUUGGUAUUACGAAGAUGGAUGGAGAUCAACCCUGCUUAUGAGUUUCGCUGCUUUGUGAGGAAUAAAGAACUAGUUGGUAUUUCUCAGCGUGAUAUAAGCCAGGGUUACUCUUGUGUUGGUGGUGAUCAAGUUAAUAUUCGCAAUGACAUUAUCAGCUUCUGGAGAGAAAACAUAGAUGACAGAUUCCCUCUUCAUGACUAUGUGGUUGAUGUGUACCGUCCAGUUAAGGACCAUGUGAUCCUGCUUGACUUCAACCCAUUUGGUGAAACAACUGAUGGUCUUCUGUUUUCUUGGCCUGAACUGAAAGGGUUGGAAGACUUUAGAGAGUGCCUUAGCAGGGUUAUUGGAGAUGAAACUAGUGAGGAACCUGAAGACAACAUCCAGUAUCAUAAUGAGAGGAACGUAACGGACAGCAAUCUACAGUCAUAUUCACCACAAAGGGACAAACUUAUUUGCUCCAGUCUCAUCGAAAAUUCACCAGAAUUUCGGUUCAUAUCAGAUGCUACAGGAGUUCAGCCUAGCCCACAUAAGAAGUAUGGUCUCCCAAUGGAUUUAGUUGACUUAAGUACCAUCCAAGAUCCUAAGAAAUUAAUUGACAUUAUACAAAUGGUAAGGAAAUAUUUACAGUAUAUAGUAAAACAGCAUUAUAAUGAUGAUGAAAGAAAAUCCAUUACUGCAGAACCAUUUAUAAAGCAGUUGAAGGUUGCCCAAAACUUUCACAAAGGUUCAGAAUUCAAGCUCAUAUUUUGGAACAAAUUUCAUUAUUUUAUGAAAGCAUAGACUUUAAAGUUGAGUCCAUUAAGUCUUAAGAUUCUUCAUAACUAAAUGACAGUUGAAUGUGCCAUUAAUUGGGAAGUUUGCAGGAUAAUUUUUUUUUCUGCCAAGAAUUGUGAGUUGAUGGUCAGUAGAAUGCCUUAUAAGAAAGGGUAAGCCUAUACAGUAUAGAACUUCAGUGAAUUUUUUUCUUUCACACAAAGUGCAGAUUGAAGAUGAUGAUAGUUUAGAAUGAAGAGGAGGUUCCCAGCUGAUCUAAGGAGAAGGAAUAGGUUAUGAUUUCUUGGCCAUAGCUUCCUCUCUGACGUGGCGCUUUUUCUCUUAUUUCUCAUUUGUCUUGUCAUGACAGGUCUAUUGGUGAAUGUUGUUAACCCUUUAGUGACCGUAGCCUUAUAAAGUUUCGGUAUAGAGCCACAACUUUCGGAAGAAUUUCGUAUGAAUCCACUGAAUGAAAAUAAAAAUCUCUUUUUUCCCUUUCUGGUUUAUUUUUGUAUUUUGAGUAUGUUCCCAAAAUGGGAACACUUAUAGCGACAUAAUUAUAAUAUAAAUCACAUUUAUUGAAAUGUAUAAGAUAAGGAGGAGUACUUAGACAGCACACCAUGUAAAUAAAUAGCUCAAGGAGAAUUUUUUUUAUUGAGAGAAAAUGUUUAUUUCGAGUAGUCAUUUUUACAUCAAAUUCCUUCAGAACAUACCACAAAAAGUAACAUGGGUAUUACAGAGUACAGUAUUGGAAUCUUUUUAUGCAGAAUAGUAAUUUAGAUGUAUAACAAUAUAUCUGCUAUGAAAUAAAUUAGAAUAUUAUGUUAAUAAUCACGGGAGAAUAUUUGAAAGUUAUGUUCCCAAAAUGGGAACGUUAGACACUAAAGGGAGCUAAUCAUUUUAUAUUUUUACUUUCUGUAAACAUUUAGCCGAUAUAUGUGGAUGCCAUUAUGUAUGAUUUUUAAUAAAGGUUUUAUAAGUUA